AUGAAUGGCCGGCUCACAGACGAUAUCGGCGGCGCGUUUGGCAUGGGCGCGCUUGGCGGCGGCCUCUGGCACACCUACCGUGGUCUCAAAAACUCGCCCAAGGGCUACAAAAUCGCGGGCACGCUCGAGACGCUGCGGCGAGAGUCCCCGCGUAUUGGUGGCAACUUUGCUAACUGGGGGCUCAUGUUUUCGGUGUUUGACUGCUCCUGCAUGUACAUUCGGCAAAAGGAGGACCCCUUCAACGCAAUCAUGGCGGGGGCGCUGACCGGCGGCUUCCUGCAGAUCCGCUCCGGCCUCAAGCCCGCCUUCCGCUCUGCAGUCUUUGGCGGUGUUCUGCUGGCGGUGAUCGAGGGUCUUGGCAUCACCCUGAGCAAGAUGAUGGCCGCGCCCCCGCCAGGCGCGCCCAUGCAGCAGCCGCCGGGCAUGCCGCCCGGCGCGCCUGGCGUGCCGCCGCCGCUCCCCCCCUCGCUGGGGCCGGAGGCGGUGCUGUCGCCGGCGGCGGCGCCAGGCGGCGAACUGGCGGGCGCAGGGAUCGGCGGUGGCGCGGCCCCUGGCGGCGGCGAUGCUGGCAGCAGCGGCGGCGGCGGCGGCUUUUGGUCUUGGCUCAGCGGCGGCGAGGACAAGAGCAAGGUGGCCUCACCCAGCAGCAGCGAGCCGCACACGUUCUCGGACGACAAGUUUGCCCCGCCGCCGAUGCCGGAGGGCUUCAAGAGCCAUUGA